ACGAAUGGUCCAUCCGAGUAGCCCCGGUCGGUCUGCGCCAAAUGACCAUUCCCGACCGCUGCAGGGGCGGCGCUUCCCAUCAGUGUCGGGGGACGUAUUUCCACUCGAUGACGAUCAAUUUUUGGGCAGUUUGAUUUUGAAAGGAUUUGCGGCUCUAGAACAGCCAUUCAUGAUCGCCGAUCAUCAUCUAUUUUCUCAAUUUGGUUCUGGCUUUGCCCGGCUCGACGGGCACCUAGGGUGAAGACACAUGCUACUCGAGGUUCUCAGCUGGAAAUAAAAAUUCGCGAUCGCCCAGAAUUAUGACGCUUGGUGUUUCUUCGUUCUCGAUCAACCCCCUCUAUCUAUCUAUUAUACUAGAAAGGAUUGCCGAAACUCGUGGAUCAUGGACGACCCCAACUCUUUUACCGACCCUCAGCAUUCCACCCAGGACUACGAGCUCUUCCCAGACUCGGACUCAUUUGCUGAUCCUGUGCUCUGCCAACGCACCGCCGAAAUACAACGCCAAAUAUCCCAUAUAGACCAUACCAUGAAGACUUCGUGGCUUGCCUCGCCCAUGCCUCUUUCGAGCCCAAACGUGCACCUAAACCAAACUGGUUCACCUUACACCAUAGAGGCCAGAGCCUAUCCUGUGGUGUCCGAUAUCUCACCUUUUGGUGGCGGCUACUCGUCUCCUGGCGCUGAAAGCUCUCCAAGCAAUAAUUGGGGAAACAUGGGAUGCUACAUGUCACCGCCUUCCAGCUGCGCGGACACGAUGCUGCCACCACUCGAUCACUGGGCUUCUUGCUCACCAGGUCCCUCUGCAAAUGUCGAGCCCUCAGUUGCUCCAUCUGAGAUUGUGCAGAACUAUCCCAUGCCCAUACCGAUCGCGGAACUCGAACUGGAGCCGCAACUCGAUCCUGAACUCGAUUCUCAACUCGACGCGGAACCCAUAUCAGCCAACGCGCCAACCCCUAUGCACAGCCAUAGCAUGUACCAACACAGCCAACUAAAUCAUGGCAACGACACACUCAGCUAUCUCGGCGCAGGGCAGGCCCCUGACCAGGACUCAUUUGCCUUGCCUAGUUCCCCACGUCUGCCGGCAAAGAAGCACACUGGUCUGAAAGUGGCAACGCGUUACAACAACAGCAGCCAGAAGGGUUCCCAGAAGAAGGAACCUCUUACUGCCAACUCUAUCCGCGUUUGUCGGAAGCUCUCCAAGUCAAAAACAAAGAAAGGCACACGGCCCCGACGUACCUUUGUUUGCACUUUCUCUCGCUAUGGAUGCACUAGCUCCUUUGCUUCUAAGAAUGAGUGGAAGCGACAUGUGACGUCACAGCACGUCCAGAUAGGAUUCUAUCGCUGUGAUGUGGGCCAGUGCAACAUCAACAAUCUGAGCAAUGCCAGACCUAUGAGCUGCACCAAUGACUUCAACCGCAAAGAUCUUUUCACCCAGCACCAACGUCGGAUGCACGCGCCCUGGGCCAAGUCCAACGAAGCCACCGAGGAGGAGAAACAACAAUUUGAUGCGGAUCUCGAGGCGGUGCGCACUCGGUGCUGGCAUGAACAACGCCGACCGCCCUCGCGCAGCGCAUGUGGCUUUUGUGGAGAGGAGUUCGCUGGCUUUCAAAGCUGGAACCAGCGGAUGGAGCAUGUCGGUCGCCACUACGAGAAAGACGAUGUCGUUAUGGAGUCAGAGAAAGAGGACAUUGCCCUGCGUGACUGGGCUAUCCAGGAAGGAAUCCUGUCCUGGGGUGGCGGCAGGUGGAAACUCGCUUCUCGCCGUUAGAAAUAAUGGGCCUUUCUUUUGUUUUUCGUUGCAUUUUCUGCAUUGAUGGUUGAUUCCUUGCAUUGCAUUUUUCUUUAAUACCAUAAUAGCGCACCGCUGUGCAUUGGCAUGAUUGAUGACGGAUAUCCUGUAUUUCCUAGGCUUUGCUUUGUUCCCUGCCGUUGUUCUUUUUAUUUAUUUAUUUUUUUUUAUGCGGCCUUUUUCUCUAUUUUGAUAGUGACACCCCAUAUGUUAUAUUGCACAAUACCCAUGAACACUUAAGGAUCUAAUGCAUUUAUUUGGAAUUUGACAAUUGCGCACAGGACGGGUACAUAGAUAACUAAAUUAUACCUGGCUUAGAUUUAAUCCAUGGCUCGUUCGUUUAGCA